AUGGGCAACCAGCAAGGGAGGCAGCGGACCUUGGCCAGCCGGGGGCCAUCAGGCGUGGCCUUGCCCAGCGGCACCGCCUUCGUGCCACAGGGCGGCCCCUCUCCAGAGAUGACGAGCACUGUUGACGUUGACUCCGUGCAGGACGAUCGCAUUCCUGUGGUCUUCACUUGGACACAUGGCGGCCAGAAUGUGUUCCUUGCUGCCUCGUUCAAUGGCUGGCGAGACCAGAUCCCCAUGGUCCGCUCUGGGCAGGAGUUCUCUGUGGUACAAGAGCUUCCUCGAGGUGUGCACCAGUACAAGUUCAUCGUGGAUGAUCAGUGGCGUUUUGCACCGGAUCAACCCAGAAUGCAGGAUAGUCAGGGGAAUAUGAACAACGUGCUCGACAUCUCAGCGUAUCAGCGGUUCCAGGUGUCGCUGGAGGAAAAGGAAGCGCCGAUGAAGUUUGGACAGAUGAUCCCAGACCCCAAUGCUCCGCUGACAGAUUUGAAAAGCUUGUGCAUCCGCGUUUCGAGCCUCUUUGCUACAGGCGCACAGCUGUAG